AUGUCCUCAAACAAGUCCUCCGGUCUUGGAAAUCGGCUCAUUGAGCAAUCUCCACUUAGUGAAGAAAUAUCAACCGGCAACAAUGUAUCUUAUGAUCGAACAAAUUUCACUCAUGGCAUCAUGAAUAAUGGCGCAUCAAACAUACGACCUACAUUAGAGACAAACAAUCGAGUGUCUUCGUCCAAUCCGACAGUUUCGAAGACAAUGGGUAACAUUUGCUCUCGUUGUGAAAAAACUGUCUACUUUGCCGAAGAAGUCAAAGCUGCUGGACAGACGUUUCACAAACAAUGCUACAAAUGUGUGAACUGUAAAAAGAGUAUCAACGGUGCAAAUUACUCUGAACAUGACGGUUAUCUUUAUGAUAAUAAUUGUUAUAAACGUUUAUUCGGUCCGAAAGGUGUCGGCUAUGGGAUAGGUGCAGGUACUCUAUCGACAGGCACUUGA